AACACCGAGAUUGGGAGGAGAAGGCUCCAGAGUUCUGUCCAGGUUCACAAAACCAGGUAGCUGGUGACUCAAUAACAGACAGUGGUAUUGAAAAUAGAAAUAAAUGCUUGCGGGCGGAGGGUAAUAUCAGUAAGGAAAUGAAGAUAUGGGGGUUUGCCAGAGAAAUUGGGGUUGUGGAUCGCGGAAAUGAGGAAGAUAUUCUGCAUAGGCUCGAGGCCAUGGAGGAACGUGACAGAGAAAAUUUUAGAAGAUCAAAGGCCAGUGUGGGUGGUCAUGGGAAGAGAGCAGGGGUUAGAGAAUUAGUGAUUCGGGAAAAAGUGGAGUUCUUAUCAAUUCAAGAAUCCAAAACAGAGGUAGUGGAUCAUCAACUCUGUAGAGCCCUUUGGGGAUCAGAUGAAUUCGAGUGGGUUGCCCAACCUUCAAAAGCUAGAAUCCCUGUUUAUAUCGUUAACGUUUACUCCCCAUGCGACCUUCCUAGUAAAAGAGCACUAUGGGCUUCUCUCAAAAACCUUAUUUCUGAAAUUGGUGGGAACUGGUGUUUAAUGGGGGAUUUCAAUGCAGUAAGAAAUGAACAGGAAAGGAAGGGGGGGAUGAGUAUAAGGAGAGAAAUGCCAGAGUUUGACGAUUUCAUUCAUGAAUGUGGCCUUAUUGAUUUACCAUUAAUUGGCAGAAAAUUCACCUGGUAUCAACCUAAUGGAGCCUCGAUGAGUAGGCUAGACAGAUUUCUGCUCUCAGAAGAAUGGUGUUUGAAUUGGGAUAAUGUCAAACAAUGGGGUUUAAACCGUUCACUCUCUGAUCACUAUCCAAUUGUGCUCAAAAACCAAAUUUCAAAUUGGGGCCCUAAACCAUUUCGGUUCUUUGAUGCUUGGCUGGAAUUUCCUCAGUUUAAAGGUAUUGUCACUGAUAUCUGGAAGUCUACAGAAGUAAAAGGAUGGAAUGGGUAUUGUCUGAAGGAAAAACUGAAGGAAACUAAAAAGGUGCUGAAAGAGUGGAACAAGAAGAUGACAUCAGAGAUUGAAUUGGGCAUUCAAAAGAGCAUUGACUCUAUUGCCUCUAUUGAUAAAAAAAGAUGUGUGAAAGGAAGAAGAAGAAAGAAUGAUAUAUCAAGUAUCCUAGUGGGGAAUCAACGACUUGAAGAAGUCAACUGCAUGAAAGACGGUGUGGCUAAUUAUUUUGAGACACUGUUUAAAGAGGAUGUGUGGCAACGCCCAGUGUUAGAUGGGGUUGACUUCAAGAAGAUCUCAGAUGAGGAGAGGGCAAUGUUGGAAGCACCGUUUAGUGAGGAGGAAGUCAAACAAGCUGCGUGGAGUUGUGAGAGCACGAAAGCACCAGGAGCCGAUGGAUUCAACUUCAAAUUUGUCAAGGAGAUGUGGGGAACUCUUAAGGAUGACGUAAUGGGAUAUGUAUCUGAUUUUCACAAGCAUGGCAAACUGGUUAGAAGGAUGAACUGCUCCUUCAUUGUAUUAAUCCCUAAAGUCAAUAGCCCUCAAAAAAUUGAAGAAUUCAGACCAAUCUCACUAGUUGGUGUCAUGCAAUUAGUCGACAGUGUGAUCAUCGCAAAUGAGAUUAUUGAUGAAGCCCAGAAAAGAAAGAAGAAAGGAUUUGUGUUUAAAGCUGACUUUGAAAAAGCUUAUGACAAAGUCUGCUGGGAAUUCCUGGAUUAUAUGAUGCUAAGAAUGGGUUUUGGUCAAAAAUGGAAAAACUGGAUUAAUGAAUGUUUGAAGACAGCAGAAGUCUUAGUGCUUCUUAAUGGUAGCACCACCAGGCAGUUUAAGAUGCAAAGAGGUCUCAGACAAGGUGAUCCUCUCUCCCCUUUCUUAUUUUUUAUUGUGGUUGAAGGUCUUAAUGGCAUCAUCUCAUCAGCUGCGUCAUUGGGGAUGGUUAAUGGGAUUGAAAUUGGGCAGUGUGGCAUGAAUGUAACCCAUCUCCAGUUUGCUGACGACACAAUUGUGUUUGGUAAUGCUUCGGAAGAAAAUAUUUGGGCUGUUAAAAGUAUCAUGAGGAUUUUUGAGAUGGUGUCAAGGCUUAAGAUUAAUUUUGGAAAAAGUAUGCUUAUGGGCAUCAAUGUUCCGGAAGAAUGGAUGACUAGGAUGUCUUGUAUUUUGAAUUGCAAACAGGGAUCCUUUCCAUGUAAAUACCUAAGCAUGACGAUUGGGGGUAAAAGCAGAUGUAUUGCCAUGUGGAGACCUAUGAUUGAUUCCUUUAAGAAGAGACUGGCCAGCUGGAAAAAUAGAUUUAUCUCUCUUGGUGGAAGGAUCACGCUCCUUAACUCCGUGCUAUCUAGUCUCCUUGUGUUCAUGAUGUCUGUCCACUUGCUGCUUAAAGGUUUGAUUCUUAUUCUUGAUAAAAUUCGUAGAAAUUUUCUUUGGGGGGGUGGAGAGAAUAAUAGGAAGAUCAAUUGGGUUUGUUGGGAGAAGGUGUGUAGAAGUAAAUUGGAUGGUGGGUUAGGUGUGAAGGAUCUUAGAAAGUUUAAUUUAGCGUUGCUAGGCAAGUGGUGGAGUAGACUAGCGGAGGGAGAGGAAGGUCUUCUUUAUAAGGUUAUUCGUGAGAAAUAUGGUAGUAAUGGAGGUAAUUGGUUGAAUUGGAUCAAAGAGGGGAAACACAAGGGGUCGUUAUGGUGGAGGGAUGUUUGUAGAUUAGAUUAUUCAUGCUCAAAUAGAGUUGGCUGGCUCUUAGAUGGCUUUAAACUAAAGUUGGGAGAGGGUAUCUCUGUCAAAUUUUGGGAGGAUGUCUGGAUUGGGGACGAGACACUAGCCAAUAAAUUUCCCAGACUCUUUUUGAAUUCUUUAGGCAGGACAAAGAGCAUUUCUCAAAUGGGAUUCUGGAGCAAUGGAAGUUGGAAUUGGUCAUUAGAAUGGAGGAGACCUAUCUUAUCCUGGGAAGAACACUCGAUGGCGGAGCUGUGGAGGAUGUUGCAGAAUAUCCAACCAAGUAAGGGACAAAAAGAUCGAUGGGAGUGGAGGAAUGACCAGGGUAUGUACUCAGCUAAAUCGGGUUAUCAAGUUCUCUCCAGCAUCCACCAUCAGAGUAGGAACAACUUGCAUAAAAGAACUUGGUGCAGGUUAGUCCCCACAAAAAUUUGUGCCUUUGGUUGGAAAGUCCUUCAAGAUAGAAUACCCUCCAAGUGUGGUCCAAAUGCCUCCAAUGGUGGAGAACUUCUUCUGUUAGAGCUGACAAGUGCUAUGCAUCCUUUGAACAACAAGCAGCCUCCUUUAAAAAUGCAAACAUCAGGGCAGGAUGGGAUGCAGUCUGGUGUGCAACAAUCUGGUCUAUAUGGAGUGCUAGAAAUGAAAGGACUUUCAGAAACCAUGACCAAGAUGUCAAUAGGAUCUUUGAGUUGGUGCAACUGCGAACAUUCCAUUGGAUCAAAAACAGAACAGUAGGGUACUCUUUUAAUAUAUGUAACUGGAUGUU